UUGUACCUAUGAAAAAUGGUCAGAAACAGUCAGCAGUGCUAUUCAAGUGCCAACUUCAUUUCAGCGGAACACCUGGAUUUCCUACAUGUUCUUAUUACCUGGAAGAGUGUAGUGUCUUUGCUGAGACCUCUUUUGCUGGAUGUUGUCCCAAGUGUUCGACAGACUGCUGCCUUGGGUCUCGGGAGACUUGCUGAUUAUAACGUGGACUUGGCAGAGGCAGUUGUGAAGGCAGGCAUUCUUCCACAGCUCGUGCGUUCAUUGCCUGAGGAGAAUCGUUACUACAAGAAAACAGCUGCAUUUGUGCUAAGAGCAAUUGCUAAACAUUCUCCACAGCUAGCUCAGGCAGUAGUUCAGAGUGGAGCACUGGAAACACUGGUGAUUUGCUUGGAAGACUUUGACCCUGGAGUCAAAGAAGGUGCAUGUUGGGCAUUUGAUUAUAUUGCCCGACACAAUCCAGAACUGUCACAAGCUGUGGUGGAGGCAGGCGCUGUUCCUCUUUUAGUGCUCUGUAUCCAGGAGCCAGAAAUUGCUUUGAAAAGGAUUGCUGCUUCAACUCUCAGUGAUAUUUCAAAGCAUUCUCCAGAGUUAGCACAGACAGUAGUGGAUGCAGGAGCUAUCGCUCACUUAGCUCAGAUGAUCCCGAACCCUGAUGCUAAACUGAAGCGUCAGGUGCUGUCAGCUCUAAGCCAAAUAGCAAAGCAUUCAGUGGAUCUUGCAGAGUUGGUGGUUGAAGCAGAAAUUUUCCCAGUUGUGCUCACAUGCCUGAAGGACUCAGAUGAAUAUGUCAAGAAAAAUGGUGCAACUUUAAUUAGAGAGAUAGCAAAGCAUUCGCCUGAGCUUUCACAGCUUAUAGUAAAUUCAGGCGGAGUUGCUGCUGUGAUUGAUUGUAUUGGCAGCUGCAGAGGGACUGUCAGACUGCCUGGCAUCAUGAUGCUUGGUUAUGUAGCAGCUCAUUCGGAGAACCUGUCAAUGGCAGUGAUUGUCUCCAAGGGAAUACCACCACUGUGUGCCUGCUUGAUAGAAGAACAUGAAGAUCAUAUUAAGGCAGCAGCUGCUUGGGCCUUGGGACAGAUUGGAAGACACACUGCUGAGCAUGCACGUCAUGUUGCAGGAGCAAAUGUGCUCCCCACAUUGCUUGAUAUCUAUGUGGACACACGCAGUUCAGAAGAUCUUAAAAUGAAAGCUAAAAAAGCCUUAAAGAACAUUCUUCAGAAAUGCACGCAUCUUCCAGCACUUGAACCAUUGCUGCAUGAUGCCCCUCCCAGUAUUAUGAAACAUAUUAUUGGGCAGUUUAGUAAGGUGUUACCACAUGACAGUAAAGCACGUCGUCUCUUUGUAACAACCGGUGGACUUAAAAAGGUUCAAGAAAUAAAAGCAGAUGCUGGGUCACUUCUUCAGGAAUAUAUCAAUGCUAUUAACAAUUGCUAUCCAGAGGAAAUAGUAAGGUUUUAUUCCCCUGGAUAUUCUGAGAUACUUCUGGAAAGGGUGGAGAGUUACCAACCAGUUUUAUAAACUUCAAUGUUUUAUUAGAUCUGCAUUUCACAUUUAUGCCUUUAUGACUGUAAUACAAAUACAGCUGUUGAAAGUCUUGCUUGAUUCUGAAAUCUUCUUCUACUGUUUGAACUACUGAAAGAGCUCAGCAAUUCCAGCAAGCUAUAUUUUGUUCUUUAUAAACUUGUUUGUUGCUAA